AUGGAUCCGCUGCAAGAUCCUGCUUCCGGGGCCCCCGCGGAUGCGGAGCUGCCUCAUGCUGUGGAGGAAGCUGCAGUGGCCGAGGCUCCAGUAUCGCAGGAAUCCGGCCCAUCUGAGCAGCAGACCCUUGACGACUCGGCGCCGGCGCCUGUUCAUGUGAAUGUCGAGGAAUCUGAUCCCGUCAACCAGACCAGUGGUCGUGGAGCCAUCGACAAUGGCUACAACAGUGACUCCAAGGCACACUACCACUCGCGGUCAACAGACUUCCACCAUUCGGCUCCUGAAUAUACACAUGAAGAUGCCGAUGCGUCUGCUCGUCUCACCUCUUCCCCAUCCGUCAGCCAUCACACUCAGCCGCACCACCCUCGACCGGGCUCUGGCUUCUCCAGCGGUCCCGAGCGACAAAGCUUGUCCCAACAGCCACAGACCGCGGACUCCUCACAGCGACAGGCGGCAUCCUCAUCAAAAAACAGUGUUGUCAUCAAAGUGGGUAUGGUCGGAGAUGCUCAGAUCGGCAAGACCAGUCUGAUGGUCAAAUACGUGGAGGGAAGCUGGGAUGAAGAUUACAUCCAGACGCUGGGUGUCAAUUUCAUGGAGAAAACCAUUUCCAUCCGCAAUACUGAAAUCACAUUCUCAAUCUGGGACCUGGGUGGCCAGCGCGAGUUUGUCAACAUGUUGCCGCUCGUUUGUAAUGAUGCAGUAGCGAUUCUGUUCAUGUUUGAUCUCACCCGCAAGAGCACCCUGAAUUCGAUCAAGGAAUGGUAUCGCCAAGGACGGGGCUUCAAUAAGACUGCCAUUCCGUUCCUGGUCGGUACCAAGUACGAUCACUUUGUCAACUUUCCUCGUGAGGAUCAAGAGGAGAUCUCACUUCAAGCGAAACGAUUUGCCAAGGCCAUGAAGGCCAGCUUGAUCUUCAGCAGCACCAGUCACAGCAUCAACGUGCAAAAGGUUUUUUUGAUCACCCAUCUCGUCUCUUUGGGGGACUCGACUAAUGUUCAUCAGAUCUUCAAAAUUGUUCUCGCCAAAGCCUUUGACCUCAAAUGCACCAUUCCAGAAAUUGAGAACAUUGGCGAGCCUCUUUUGCUCUACAAGAAUGCGUAA